CAUCGUGCUAUUCCAUUUCCUAUCCUGCUUACGCCUGCCUGCAACCCUUCUUCCUUUCCCGGGUUGGUGCAACAAUACCUCUCUACAGAUACUUGUGCCCAUAGUCUCAUUUUUCUUUCUUGUAGCCCGAGGAAAGAAGUCUGCGAAAGCAGGGAAACCCAACUGCAGCAUCGAGCAAGGGCAGCAUUCCCCUAUUACCGAGAGGAAGAAAGAAAGAAAAUAAAAAAGUCGACAAGUGACAGACAAUGUCUUGUCGCGGCCUCUGCUAGCAUCGAUCGGGUUCCCUUUUUUCCUCACCUUUCUCUCAACACCACCCCCUCUUCCUCCCUCCCUCCUUCGCUCAACAAUAGCUCUUCCUGUCUUGAAGGGCUUGAUCCUCACCCCCAUCUUUUUCGUCUGUUGCUUACUCUCACCAUCUUAAUACCCCCCCCCCUCCCAAAAGCUCUUAGACGAAUACGAAUUACUAUCUUGAUUUCCAUCUUUCACCGUUUCGUCGCAAGAGACCCCCGUCGCAUCCGACGUAGUAUGUGAACUGCCUCUCGCAGUCUCCUCGAGAUACCUUACCACCACUAUGGCGAACGUCUCUGGGCAAAACGAUGCGGCGCCGGCCGUAACCGAGUCCAUCUCCGAAUCCUCCCAGUCGUACGGCAAACCCGCUUCGCGAAACGGCUCCUCCGAGACGAUCAACGUCGACGGCAACAAGUCCUUGACCUGGACUGUCGAGAACCUCCUUCUGAAUGACCCUGCAGCAAAAAAAGCCAAUAGGACUUGCGGUUUUGCUGGGUUUGGCGCAUCAGACGCACCAUCAACUCACACGAUCCCCUUGUACAAUGUCCUCUGGGCCGAACAGACGAACCAGACCCUCGUAAUCGACUAUGCCCAGCAGGUUACGAAGAACAGAGUCCAAGCCGCGACUUGGACCUUUGCCGUCGACGAAGCCGAUGGUCCCGACGUCCAGGCAUGGGUCGACACGCUCAUGACCAAGGCGUACGGGCCCGCGAAGCGAUCCAAGAGAGCCAAGGUCCUGGUCAACCCGCACGCGGGACCGGGAGGCGCCGAGAAGAAGUGGCGCGUCGACUGCGAGCCCCUAUUCAAGGCCGCGCGCAUGCCCAUGGAUGUUGAGCUGACGACCUACUCGGGCCAAGCACUCGAGAUUGCGCGGGGGGUCGACAUUGACGCGUUUGACACCAUCGUCACCUGCUCGGGCGACGGCUUGGCUCACGAGGUCUUUAAUGGCUUGGGCCAGCGUCCGGACGCGGCGCAGGCGCUCCAGAAGGUCGCUGUCUCGCAUAUUCCCUGCGGCUCGGGCAACGCCAUGAGCAUCAACCUCUACGGCUCGUACCGGCCAUCAAUCGCCGCCCUCGCCAUCAUCAAGGGCGUCGAGACACCGAUGGAUCUGAUCAGUAUCACACAAGGGGACAGGCGGACGCUCAGUUUCUUGAGCCAGGCGCUUGGUGUCGUGGCCGAGAGCGACCUGGCCACCGAGCACUUGCGGUGGAUGGGCGGCGCGCGUUUCACCUGGGGGUUCCUCGUAAGGAUCUUUGAGAAGAAGUGCUACCCGUGCGAUCUUGCCGUAAAGGUGGAAAUCGAGGAUAAACCCGGCGUCAAGGAGCACUACAGACAGUACACGCACAGGCCGUCAUCGACGAGCCUGGACACGGCCGAGGCCCCGAGGGCGCAGAACGCCGAUGCCGUCCCGAGCCGGGAUGCCGAGCCGCAUGGCCUGCCGCCAUUGAGAUUUGGCACCGUCAACGACGACCUACCCGAGGGAUGGGAACUGAUACCCCACUACAAGUUGGGCAACUUUUACUGUGGGAAUAUGGCGUUCAUGGCCCCCGACGCCAACUUUUUCGCCGCCGCACUUGUCAACGACGGGCUCAUGGAUGUCGUCUGCAUCGACGGCGAUAUGUCUGUCCCCGCCCAGCUGAGCAUGCUCCUGUCGGUCGAGAGCGGAAAGUUCUUUGACAACUCUCUGGUUUCGUACCGCAAGAUCUCGGCUUACCGUAUCAUCCCGCGGAACCAAAAAGACGGCUACAUCAGCAUCGACGGAGAAAAGGUGCCGUUCGAGCCCUUCCAGGCAGAGGUCCAUCCGGGUCUGGCGAGAGUCAUCUCGAAGAACGGCAAGUACGAGGCGCCUGGUCCCACGGGCUGGCAGAAUGGCAGGGUUGGAGCCUAGAUGGCAGCGGUCACGCUCGUCCUGGACCUAUGUGCGUGGUGGUUAGCUAUUGAGGCAUCUAUUGCCGGAAGCGGUUGAAGUAAUGGGUUGCUAUAGCGUUUUUGUUUCUUGAAAAGUCGAGAUACCCAGAUAGACCAAAGAUGGGGAAGAGCACGACUUGUCGCCCGGCUGCUGAUUGAAUGCACAUAAGCAGGCAGGCCUGGCUGGCACGAGACAAGCCAUUUGGUUAUCACUGUAUAAUAUAGAAUAGCGUCGCAGACAUAAUGACUUGCU